AUGAUUGACAGUGAUCAGGAAAUGACCCCAACAAUAUAUUGUAGUGACUCUUUUCUUGGUGAAUCAAAGACCAAGCAAUACUUGUUCUUAGAUCCUGAAGAACCUAUGGCGUCUUGCGGUGGCCUUGUGUCUACCUUCUUGUUGGCAAUCUUUGUCACUCAAAUUGUCGAAUUCAGUCAUUCCAUUGCUUCGACAAAUGUAAGUUGUAUUGGUGUGGAGAGGGAAGCUCUUCUAAAGUUCAAGCAUGGUCUCACUGAUCCUUGGAAACGCUUGUCAUCAUGGACUGGUGAGGAAUGUUGCAAGUGGGAAGGAGUUGAAUGUAACGAGAAGACAGGCCAUGUCCUCAAGCUCGAUCUUCAUAAUCCAUGUAUUGAAGAGAUUGAUAUGCUUGAACCUUCAUAUAAGUGCAGGUUGGGAGGUAACAUAGUUCAUUCUUUAACAGAACUGAAGUAUUUGAAGCACCUGGAUCUUAGCAUCAACAACUUUUCAACCCAUAAAAUCCCAAUGUUCUUUGCUUCUCUUCAAAAAUUAGAGUAUCUCAACCUCUCAUAUGCAGGCUUCAACGGAGAUAUUCCUAAGCAGCUCAAUAACCUUUCCAAAUUACAGUACUUGGAUCUUAGUAAUGACUUUGUUCUAGGUUACUUAACCUCGAACGAUCUUGAUUGGAUGUCAAAGUUAUCUUCCUUGACAUACUUGCACAUGUCUGGUGUUGGCCUUUCGAGUGCCAAAGAUUGUGGUGACCUCCCCAAUCAAUUCGGAGAUUUCAAAGAACUAGAGUUCCUCGAUCUUUCAUUGAACUCGAUUUCUGGUUCUAUUCCUUCCAAUUUGGGGGAGCUAUCAUCUCUAAGAGAGUUGCAUCUGAAUGAUAACAAAUUGAGUGGGAUUAUUCCAGAAAGUAUUGGGCAACUAUCGAAUCUGAAGGAGCUCCAAGUCCACAAUAAUUUUUUAUAUGGAGUUUUAAGCGAACUUCACUUUGAAAAUCUCAGAAACUUGACCGGCUUAGACAUUUCUUCCAAUGAGCUCAUAUUAAAUGUGAGCUCUACCUGGAUUCCGCCAUUCCAAGUUCAUGAGAUAGAUUUGUCAGAUUGUAAAGUGGGACCUGAAUUUCCAAAAUGGCUUCAAACACAAAGAAACAUUACCAGUUUGAUGAUGUCAAAUGUGAGCAUCUCAGAUGACAUUCCUGAUUGGCUCUACAACAUUUCCACUAAUAUUACACAUUUGGAUAUCUCAAGCAACAUGCUUAAUGGCCAAGUUCCCCAAGACAUCGGAGACAAGAUGCCACGGUUAAUAGUACUGAGACUUUGGGGUAAUAAUCUCACCGGUGGUAUAUCAAGUUCAUUGUGUAAGUUGAAUGACCUGACUGAAAUUAAUCUCUCAAAAAACCAACUGUCUGGGAGACUUCCUCGAUGUUGGAGAGCAUCGCAAAAGGUGAAGACUUUUGUAUUUGGGGAUAACAAGUUGAAUGGUCAGAUUUCGAAAUCCUUGUGCCAUCUUCAGCAAUUACAAGUUCUUAGCCUAUAUAGGAAUGGAUUUAGUGGAGUAAUCCCAAAUUGUUUGUCGAAUCUACAACAAAUGACUUUUUUUGACCUCAGCCACAAUGAAUUCACGGGUAGGUUACCUCCAUUUGGGGAACAUUCUCAAUCAUUGGCAAUGAUUAAUUUAGAGAAAAAUCAUUUUGUUGGAGGCAUUCCUCCGCAAUUUUGCCAACUUCACUAUCUCCGAGUCUUGAGCCUAGCACAGAAUAACAUUUCUGGACCCAUUCCCAAUUGUAUUGACGGAUUCUUGUCCAUGGUUGAUAGCACCCUUUAUUUUGAGGACUGGUCAUAUAUUUUCGGUCUCAAUGUUUUGGUUAACACAAAGGGAACCAGCCAAAUAUAUGGUGAUGUGAUUUCAUACUUCUUCUCAAUCGACCUUUCUGUAAACAUGUUGGAUGGGCAGUUACCAGAAGAGUUUACUAGGCUUGUCGAACUUCAAAAUUUGAAUCUAUCUCAGAAUAAUUUAAGUGGUCACAUACCCUCAAACAUCGGUGACCUAAAACAGUUGGAAUCUCUUGAUCUUUCCAGAAACAAACUGUCAGGCAUCAUCCCUCCAAGCAUAUCCAACAUGGACUUCCUUAGUCAUCUGAAUCUGUCCUUCAACAAACUCUCUGGCCGUAUUCCAUCCGGCAACCAUCUACGUACUGUGGAUGAUGAAUCUGUUUAUCGUGGCAACAAUGGACUAUGUGGAGCUCCUCUUUCGAAGAUAUGUCCUGGAGAUGAGCCACCCAGCAGGGAUGGGCACAACGGUGAUAAUUCAAGUGGAGAUAGGCCUAGCGGAGGCAAUUUGGAUAUCCAUAAUUGGUUUUAUGCAGGAUUAGGACCUGGUUUCACAGUGGGAUUUCUGGGAUUUUGUAGCAUCUUGCAUUUCAAGCGAUCUUGGAGGGUCUCUUACUUUCGAGCGAUGGACAGGGCUAUCAAGGAAUUCUCGGUGACAACAAUGAUCACCAUGCUUUGGUUCAAAAGAACAAUUCAACGACGCAGAUAG